CCGAGCGGGCCGGGCCGGUGGCGGCCGCCAAGUGGCCCCGAGCCGAGCCCAGCCGAGCCGAGCUCAGCCGGGAAUCCUCGGCAGGACUGCUGCCUCCAGCCGCACUCCCGCCACCGGACUGCGGGCGGUGGAGAAACUGCUUGUUUUCCCUCCCCCUGAAAAAAAAAACAAAACCAAAAACCCAACCAAAAAUAGGAGGGGUGAAAAAAGGAAGGCAGAAGUGAAGAGAUCCCCUCCGUUUGCCAAAGUCUUUGUCUCCGGAUGAACAGCGAUGGGGGAAUGGACUAUUCUAGAGAGGCUACUGGAAGCUGCCGUGCAGCAGCAUUCUACUAUGAUAGGGAGGAUCCUGCUGACCGUGGUGGUGAUCUUCAGAAUUCUCAUUGUGGCCAUUGUAGGGGAGACGGUGUACGAUGACGAGCAAACGAUGUUUGUCUGUAACACGUUGCAGCCAGGCUGCAACCAGGCUUGUUACGACCAGGCUUUCCCCAUUUCUCACAUAAGGUACUGGGUGUUCCAGAUCAUCAUGGUGUGCACUCCCAGCCUAUGCUUCAUAACAUACUCCGUUCACCAGUCUGCUAAACAAAGGGAACGGAGGUACUCCACUGUCUUCCUUACCUUGGAAAGGGACCAGGAUUCAAUAAAGCGUGAGGACAGUAAGAAAAUCAAGAACACUAUUGUCAAUGGGGUGCUGCAGAACACUGAGAACUCCACCAAAGAGGCAGAACCAGACUGCUUAGAAGUGAAGGAAAUCCCCAAUCCUGCUAUCAGAACUACAAAGUCAAAGAUGAGGAGGCAAGAAGGCAUUUCUCGAUUUUAUAUCAUCCAAGUGGUCUUUCGAAAUGCCCUAGAGAUUGGAUUCUUAGUGGGACAGUAUUUUCUGUAUGGAUUCAAUGUCCCUUCCAUGUACGAAUGUGACAGAUAUCCUUGCAUUAAAGAAGUAGAGUGCUAUGUCUCUAGACCCACUGAGAAGACUGUAUUCUUGGUGUUCAUGUUUGCUGUCAGUGGGAUUUGUGUGGUGCUUAAUUUGGCAGAACUGAACCAUUUGGGCUGGAGAAAGAUCAAAAUGGCAGUGAGAGGAGUACAGGCAAAAAGGAAAUCCAUAUACGAAAUCAGAAAUAAGGACCUGCCAAGAAUGAGCAUGCCUAACUUUGGCAGGACUCAGUCAAGUGACUCAGCUUAUGUGUGAGGCUGUGACAGAACUGAAGCAUUGUGCCAGGUGGAACAGACCCAGAUACCAUUAGAGAAAGGUACAUUGCUUAGGCAAGCAUUUUAUCAAUCCACCAAGAAAGCCAUUAAGGUAUUGGAUCUGCACUUACUGAACUAGCUGCAAAAUGCAGCACUAUGUAAAAGACUGAAAAAACAGCUAUAAAACCAUGCUUGAUCUAGCCUUACAGCACAGCUACUAUUAUUCCUACUUUUCUUUCUAAUGAUUGGGUGUUAUCUGUCACUGAAGCAGCUUUUCGGUUGUCAUUAGGAUGUUUACAGUUUGAAUUGUCUGACUAAUUGUUGUAAAUGUGUAGAAUGUUCAUAUCAAAACUCUGCAAGGAUACUCUGUAUGGGGUGGGAUGGGGUGGGAUGCAAUGUGCAGACAUAAGCAUGUUUUAAAGGAGGGUAAGCGCACUGUAAGGAAACCUAACCACAGCUCAAUCAGGAUAUCUGUGUUCACGUAUCUCACAGAUGUCUUAUAUUAUUUUGUUUGUCUAAAUCACAGAAUUUAUUCCUGGUGUGUAUUACUAGCUAUUUCCUAUCAUGGUUUGUGCAUCAAUUAGUUAUGCUAAACAAUAAAUGCUGAAUAUAAUUUUACCAUUUUUUGUUUGCCUGUCCACACACACACACCAGAGACCUUAAUCAUCUUAAUUAGUUGUGAUCUGCAAAAUUUAUCGGUACAUUUUAACUGAUUCCCUAAUAUGUGCAUGAAUAAGAUGGAGUUGGUUCAUGCUAACCACGUUAUGUAUUUACCUACAAUCACCUAUGAUGACAUACAUACCAAAGGAAGAGAGUUCAUUGUGUUUAACUGUGAAUAUAUCACCUUCUCUCUGCUCUUAUUUAAUAUAAAGUGCCAUACUUGAAACAUCUAACUCUGUACUUAGUCAAAAGGUUGUCUUGGGAUACCAGCUUGAGUAAAAUGAUUUUAUACUCCCCUUUGUUCAUUUUAUGCUAUUUGUUUAGUCAUUGCAAUGGUAAAAAGCAGCUGAACUAUCUAUUGAUAAAUAAAGUACUUGCCUUUUUUUUUUUUUUGUAAGCCAGAGAGAUUUGUUCUUCUGUAUUCUUGUAUACAAUUGUAAAAAAUAUACAGGGUCAAAAUAAUUAACUUACAACAAUUAUUCUUCAGGGUUUAAAAUGUCUUGUUGGUAUUCUAAACUCCAAGUGACAAAACCUGGGAAAUCUGGACUAUUUUUUAUGUCUGUUUUCCUCCUUAAGCAAGCUUCCUCUGUCUUUAAAUCCUGAUCCAAAGCCCACUGACACCAACAGCCUUCCUUCUGCUGACACUAAGGGCAACACAGUUGGCUGCCAAGGUCACUCUAGGAAUAGCCAGAAUACAUUUACCUAUAGAUGAAACAAUUGCAGUUUUUAAUCAGGGAAUCCAGAUAUUAACCUCAGCUUUUCUGCCUUACAGCUGGUUUAAAAAAUAUACUGUUCAUGUCCCAUCAGCUUACUGGUAAGCCACUGGGGCAGUCACAAACGAAUCUCUGUUAACAACAAGCAUUUUAGUGGAGGAUACUAAGUUUUACUUAAAGAACUUUUAAAUUUUUUUUUUAAUUCCUAUUAAAUUCAAUGGAAAAUAUUCCUCUGGCAACAGUAGGAGUUGGAUCAGGACUAAAAAAAACAUACAAGUGCAUUUCUAACUAAAUAGUAUCUGCCCUUUAAAGAAAAGGGCCAAAAUGGUGCUGGAAAAUUUAGGGGUACUUUAUAACAUAAGAAGGAGACAUGGGCUCCGAGUCACAAAUGGCCUUUUGAUUGUAUUUUAUUUCAAGCCUGAAAAUGGAUUUUAUUGUAUAUUGGCUUGGAGAUGAUGCAUAUAAAUCUUUUCCUCUUGGCUUACAAUAAACACCUUAACAUUC